AUGCCGCUGAUAAAGCCGCCCAUGGAUUCCAUGAAUCACCCAAGGGAGAUGCAGCCCUACCGAGACAGUGCUGAGGAAUGCAUUGCAGCGCUAGAGGUCCUUCGAGAGCGCGCGCAGAAGGAAGAAUCUUCUCCAUCUAAUACGGUCCAAGAAAAGGAUGUUCUACUCUUAGUCGCUAUAUAUCAAGCUGAGAAGACUAUUUCAUCACUCAGAAGCGUGAUUGUGCUUACGUCUAGCAUAGAACAGGUCCUUGGAGAUUCAGAUGGCACUUCCAAGCUAGCCGCUCUCCUCGAUGAAUUGUUCGACACCAUCCCUAAAACAAUUGCUGAUGCUGAUGCUGCUCUGGCCGAACUUCUCAAGUCUCGGCAGCUGCGCUAUUUGUCGAAGCCAUUCUACGCCAGUCGUCUCAAACAAGCCGAGAGAACCAUUAACAAGAGCAUUGUCGAGCUCGCUUCCGCUUGUAAAUCAAUCACAUCAGUAAAGGAAGCGUUAGACGAAAACGAAGGCAGAUUGAGACGGCUCAAAACGUAUAAUACACUUUUGAGAAAUUUAGCGAGCUUGAAUCCUUCGGAUGAUCCAAACCUUCGUGAAACAGGACUUCGUAUGAUGUGGGAGGAAAUUCCUCACUGGCCGGAUAUUGAAGCCUUGCUCGAGCUCCGAGAUGACCCAGGAGAUGGGUUGGUUUACAAUGAUAAGCAGAUAGCGCAAGUCCAAACUGUCUUGGAGAAUUUUCAUGAUGCUUGGGUCAACACACCGGCCCUAGAAGGAAUACAGCCUCCGCGAAACAUCCGUUAUCUCCCCCGCAUCUGCUGUGUUCUUCGGGGUAUGCGGCGAGAAAAUCUGUUGGGGGCCUUUAUAGAUAGCGGAUGUACCGACAACGACAUCCGUUUCUCCGAAGCUCAUUUGAUCGAGAUUCUUUCUGGCUUCAGCAAAGACUAUGCUAAAAUAUUUUUCACAGAACAGAGCCGCGUAAAACCUCGAGAUUGGCCCGAGGGUUCCCAUGCUGUAUUCGGUGAAAAAGAACCGUUGCCGCUAGUUGCCGACAUUCCAAUGACUGACACCCUCCAUGGACAUUCUCUCACAAGCAGGAAUGUGCAGUCUGGCGAUCGAUAUGUUGUAAAACAAACAAAAUUACGAGGUCGCGAAAUGAUGAAGAGGGAAAUGAGGAACUUGAAGAAGCUUGAACACCGACACAUCGUGAAAUUCGUGAAGUCAUUUGAGCGCGGGCUUAUAUUUGGGCUUCUGCUAAAGCCUGCCGCUGCCUACGAUCUCAAUACCUAUUUGCGUAGGUUUAAACAAAACAAGUUCUAUGCCAAAACGGGAGUUCGUGACGCUUCGGAUGGCAAUGAGGAAGCAAUUCAGACCGCCCAGAUCAUCACUAAUCGCUAUGCGGCCCCAGAACUCCUGGGAACGAUAGAAAAAGGGUGUUCUGAAGGUUUCGAUAACGCAUAUAAGACCUCCAGGGUGGGAGAACUCAGGAAACAGACUAAAGCCGGGGGCGAAUAUACUUCCAGUGAAACCAGAAAGCUUCGCGCGAAGGAAGUAGAUAUCUUCAGCUUGGGCUGCGUCUUUCUCGAGCUACUAAGCUGCAUUACAGGUGAUACUUUGCCAAUUCUGGACGAAGAUGGAGAGAAGCUCAGCUCUUUCGCUCUUCAAAUCCACGACGUUCGUGCGUGGGCGGCACGUAAAUCGAGUAGUGAUGAGUUCAAGGAACUGCGCGAUAUUUUUGACUUAGCUUCAGCUAUGAUCAAUGAAAGGGCGGAAGAACGACCCGAUAUAGAUGACAUUGUACAGAGGAUCAUGGAAGCGGGAGAAUUUUUUUCCUGUAAGACUUGUCGAUACGAGUACGAGAGUGAUGUCCGAGUCACCUUAAUGCAGCCACUCAUAAAUCGAAUCGAACAGCCAGAGCAAAAGUCAGAGACCCUCACACAAAGACAGGAGUCGUUGAUGAGAGAAAAUGAGCUACAGAUGGGAGAGCGGCGUGACAGCAGCGAAGUAGAUGAUGACAUCAAUUCUUUGUUCUCCGUCCCCUCCAUUGGUGUCUCUUCAUUCUCCAGUUUCUCCAGCAUUCAGCAUAAUGACAUGCAGGAUGAAAUUGAGGAGCUUUCAUCACUUCUGAUCGCUGAUAAUGGGAUUCUCGAACUACUAGAGAUGGCAAUCAACAGACCUCAUGCUAGACCGAAAAUUGAGUCCAAAUUAUCACGUCUUCUGAAAGUGUUCGGCGGGGAUCUAAGGAAGGAGGCGAAUGAUGAAAUCCAGGUAGCUGCGGCGAGACUCAUACGGACUAAGGCGAAUAAGCUCACGACCAGCAUGCUGAGAAACCAUGAGUUAAAUCGCGCUGGAACUGAUCUCAACGACGCAACGUCAGGCUGGGAGACAACAAACGUCGACAGGACCAUCAAAGUACAGACAAAGCUAUAUUCUAUCCUUCGGACAAAUCCACAGGCUGAAGAGGAUAAUGAUGGCGGCGACGAUGACGACAAUAAUGAUGAUGAUGUAUGGUCCAGAGCCUCUUCUGAAGAGGUUGACCCUGACAACGACUUUGAUGUAGGCCUAAAGUCUUUGAAUGAUCUUAAGAGUUUCAUCAUAUCCAGCCAAGCUUUUGACCAUUUCAGAGCCUUGCUUCGGCGUAUGGUCUUCCCGAGUCCACUACGCGAAGUCAAGUGGGUUAUCUCUAAGGCUUUAUCAUUACCAAGCAAAACCUACUCCGUCACAUUCACAGUGAAAUGGGAUGUUCAAGCGUACAUAGCGACCGAACUCGAACAUAGUCGUGGUCUUGGAUGGAAGCAGCCUUUGCUUAGCGAACAAUACUACUCUUUGGAUGUUGACGAUAGCUAUCUCGUCUGCAGAGCAUCAGAUGAAACCCCCAGCUUGGAUCCUGGAGACUUGAGUCUUGAAUGCAAAGCGUCUCUCACAGACAUAGUCGACGUUGCUCAGCAACUCACCUGGCUUUCAGCUAGUUUUAGGUCCUGCAAACAGAGCCAUCUAUGCUAUUCACAAGUCGACUUCCGGAAGUCAGGUACUUAUAAAUUUGAUAUAAAUCCUUUGACCUUGGAAGAAAUCCACGACUUGGGAGGCGAAUGCUGGCUACCACUAUUCAUGAACGGUGUCAUUGCUCGUGGAUUCCCAGUGCCUUCGCGACAUCAUGGUGAGAAAGGCAUUGAGAUCCCUUUCCACGUCAUGGUUAGUCUAGGCAAAGUCAUGUAUCCAAUGUUCGAUUCACACGGCAUCUACUUGAAGGGUGUCUACAGCGUCUUCUUUCCGACGGCCAUAUCAUCUGACAAGACUUCAGUGCAGUGGCAUAUGUCCACUGACUCCAAUCAUAAAGAUUACUUGCCGCCAGGACAAUUUCCCAACCAAGUGCGUGAGGGACUGACAUUGAAGUUUGAAAGCCUUGAAGAAUUAUCCUCGGCUGAGAGGACGUUUCUCGGCUACGUUAGGUCAAUUGAAGCACAUAUAGGCACAAGUUCCGUGGUCGCAUCCGAAAGUGUUCGAGCAACAAUGUCAUCUGCUGCAUACGAUGAAGAUCCAGCUACAGCCGUAGAGAUCAACAAGAUUCAGACUGGCACAAGUGGGCUUGGAUUCUGGGGGUUUCAAGCCGAGGCGGACAUUCUCUAUCCCAAGGGGCUACACUACACGGCUGAAACUGGCUGGUAUAUCGACAUGCUGGACAUAGCCAAAGUCAGACCUUUAAUUGUCUAUGAUCACGCACGAGAGCACCAACGCGCCUGGCUGAUACCAACAUUAAGCGCAGUUCUUCACAUGGCGCAUGUGUGGGGCCGCGACAAACGUGACGUUGGCCUACUACCUUUUGCUGAAGUGAGCUGCGAUCCCGGCGAGGCUGCCUAUCAGGCUAUUAGAGAACAUAGUAAAGACAAGUUACGAGACUCCUUGGAGGAGCGUAAAGACUAUUUGGUUCGAGAUCUGGUGGGCAGGCUCUUAAUAUGCAUAGAGAAGCUACUCGAAGUGGAAGCUAAAGCGCGAAGCGAACCUCGCAAGAUCAUCAGCUUCGAAACCUCUAACAAGCUCUAUGGUUGGGAUCUUCUAGGGAUUGCGCAAGGUGAUGGUAACAUUUCGCGCCAGGAAUUAUCUAUCGACGAGGAGUGGAGAUUACUCGGCGCAGAUAUCGCAGUCUUGUUCUGCCAGAACAUUGGCGAGCUCAUAAGACCCGCCCAAAGCGUCAAGAUUUGUAUGAGAGCGGAUGCUGCAAAACUCUCAAACAACCAUCUGAUCGCCACUGUCAAAUGUCUUCGGUGGCUUUCAGAUAAACGAGGGAAGUCUCGGGAUAGUUCAUGCCUCCGGCUCGGAAACAAGCUGUUCUGGGUCUCACCAGGCGAAUCCCUCUUCAAUGAUUGCACUAGCUGCUGGAAUAAUAGACUACACUUAGGAGUCACGCAAUGCUUGAAACAGGCGCAGCCAAUUCUCAGGAAAGACUGCCCAGACCCAAAGACGGGACCCCCGCCCUUAGAAGGCGCAGUCGUAUUUGGAACGAGGAAACUUCUCAAGGCCCGCUCGCCCACCCCUGAAACCUCAUCUUUGAGUCAGUCACAAUCGUCAGAGACACAAGCAAGUAGCGUUUCAACUCCUCAGAGCAUUGAUGCCGUAGCUGGAGCGAAUGAGAACCAGACUGGUAUUGAAAGGGGGUUGGACAAAGGGAGCAGCGGAAGAGAGACAACAUAA